CGCAGUUUUACGUUAUCACGCAAUGACAUCACAACGUCAUCUAGCAACUUUUAGCAACAAAUCGACCUGCGUCUAAUAUAUAUAUAUGUACAGUGUGCUUUGGACUUGCCUCGCCUCGUCACAAAUUUAAUUUAAGCCCACCAUUUGUGUCACUUAUGGGAAAAUGUGUGAUUAAUGAUGACUUCAGAAAUUCGAGAGACUUCGCCACCAAUUGCUGCUGGUGUAUGGAUAGCUGUCAUAUCAAGUUUCAUCAAUGGAUCGACGUUUGUGCUUCAAAAAAAGGGAAUAUUACGAUCCCGUAAAAGAGGUGGGUCCUAUCUAAAAGAUGGCGUAUGGUGGAGCGGUACUCUCUCCAUGAUUGUGGGACAGAUUGGGAACUUCCUGGCCUAUAACGCAGCCCCUGCUGUGGUGGUCACACCUUUAGGAGCCCUGGGGGUGCUGUUUGGGGCUGUUCUGGCCUCCUAUAUCCUCCAGGAACAGCUGAAUGUCCUGGGGAAGCUGGGCUGUGUGUUGUGUUGCUGUGGUUUGCUCAUCAUUCACUCCCCUAAAUCAGAGAGCGUCACCCUAGUCUGGAGCUCUUCUAUCCAGGUGGAGUAAUUCUGAGGUGUGUGAAUGUUUUCUCUCCAUGCAGUGUUCGUCGCCUAUUCCUUGUUGGUGGUCCUACUACUGGCUGUGCUGAUGGUGUGGGUGGCCCCAGCUCACGGCACGUCCAACAUCAUGGUGUACGUGUCCAUCUGCUCCCUCCUGGGGAGUUUCACAGUCACCAGCUGUAAGGGGCUGGGCCUGGCUGCUCGGGAUGCCUUCAGCGGGGGGCCUUCCAGCAGCCGAGCCCUAGGUCUCUUCCUGGGUCUACUGGGAACCCUGUCCGUCAGCAUCCUCAUCCAGUUCACCUUCAUCAACAAGGCUCUGGAGCACUACAGCUCCAACAUGUUUGAAGCCAUUUACUAUGUUACCUUCACAUCUACAGUCCUCACAGCUUCAGCCAUCUUGUUCAGAGAGUGGACCACAGUGGGUUUAGUAGACUGCCUGGGCAUGCUGUGUGGGCUAACCACUGUGGCUGUUGGGGUCCUGCUGCUUCGGAUCUCCUCAGAGGCCUCACUCAGCUGGAAACCAGCUGCUACAGGACCAGAUAAAAUGGAUUAAUCAGAGGCUUGUCAGUCUCAGGGAGAUUAAUGCAGUGUUUAUUGGUUCAUUUGGGGCCAUAUUUUUUUUAUCUUGAAUAACAUAUAUAUUGUAAAUUGCAUUUGUAUCUAAUAAAAUACUUGAAUAUAAGUUGAAGAAUCUUACUGUGGAUUUGCGAACAACAUAUCUGUUGUGCAAUAUUUGUCGCUCGCCAUUCUCAAGGGCUCAAUGAUAGUCAUGUCCUGUUGUGUUCAAACACACUAAGCAGCAUUGUUGCUGUUUAAUGUCCUAGAUGUUUGCUAUUCUAACACUUGUCAGUCAGUCUGUCAAUCCACGUGGACUGGCUGUAACCAAAGAACCUAACUCGUGUGUCUGAUUGAAAAGUCUAACUUACAACGUGGUCAACUUUGUCAGUAUGGGGUCGUCUUUUAUAAUUAAGUGAAAUUAACUCAAUGAUUUUGUAUUUUACUACAAUAAAAGGCAAAAAAAAGGUA